AUGCAGCGUUUCAGGGAAAGCAUUCACAUACGCACCAUGAAGGCCAAGAGGAAAGUGGAGGAAAUCUCUAAAGAGGACAUCCAUGCUUUCCUAAAAAAGAAUGCCUUUGUGCUCUUCACAGUUGCGGCAGUUAUUGCAGGUAUUAUUCUGGGAUUUGCGUUGCGACCUCAUAAGAUGACCUAUCGAGAAGUGAAGUACUUCUCUUUCCCUGGAGAGCUGUUGAUGAGAAUGCUUCAGAUGCUUGUGCUGCCCUUACUGAUCUCCAGUUUAAUAACAGGAAUGGCAGCUUUGGACAGCAAAGCCUCAGGAAAGAUGGGCAUGAGAGCCGUAAUUUACUACAUGACCACCACCUUUAUUGCAGUCUUCAUCGGUAUCAUAGUCGUCCUCAUCAUCCACCCAGGAAAAGGAACUAAAGAUGAGUUUGGAAAGCAGCAGACAAUACAGCAAGUCAGUCCUGCUGAUGCCUUCUUAGAUCUGAUCAGAAAUAUGUUUCCACCAAACUUGGUCCAAGCCUGCACACAGCAGUUCAAAACCAAAUAUGGAAAGCGAGCAGUCCAUGUGACGGUGACAGUGAAUGACACCCUCUUCAACUCAACCAAUGGCACCCAGGAGGUCAUGGAGAUCACCAGGGAAGAAGUGAUACCAGUGCCGGGUCAGGUGAACGGGGUCAACGCCCUCGGGCUGGUGGUCUUCUCUAUGUUCUUCGGUCUAAUAAUUGGCAAUAUGAAGGAGCAGGGCCAGAUCUUGAGGGAUUUCUUCGACAGCCUCAAUGAAGCUAUCAUGCGCCUAGUUUCCAUCAUCAUGUGGUAUGCUCCCAUUGGCAUCCUGUUCCUAAUUGCGGGAAAGAUUGUGGAGAUGGAUGAUCUGACACAGAUGGGUGGCCAGCUGGGCAUGUACACCAUCACGGUUAUCAUUGGCUUACUGAUCCAUGGCGUUGUUAUUCUUCCCACCCUGUAUUUUGUCAUCACUCGGCAGAACCCCUUUAUAUUCAUUGCUGGGAUUCUGCAAGCUCUGGUAACAGCCCUGGGGACGUCCUCCAGCUCAGCCACCCUCCCUGUCACUUUUAAAUGCCUGGAGGAGAACAACAAAAUUGAUAAGCGAAUCACUCGUUUUGUGCUGCCUGUGGGUGCCACCAUCAACAUGGACGGAACAGCUCUGUAUGAAGCACUGGCAGCCAUCUUCAUUGCCCAGGUCAAUAACAUGGAGAUGAACUUCGGUCAGAUCAUUACCAUCAGUAUUACAGCAACUGCAGCUAGUAUUGGAGCUGCUGGCAUCCCUCAGGCAGGACUGGUCACCAUGGUGAUUGUACUGACCUCUGUUGGACUUCCUACUGAUGACAUCACACUCAUCAUUGCAGUUGAUUGGUUUCUGGACCGUCUGCGCACCACGGCCAAUGUUUUGGGGGAUUCAAUCGGAGCCGGGAUCGUGGAGUUCCUGUCUCGACACGAGCUCCGCAGCAAAGACGUGGAGAUGGGAAACUCUGUGCUGGAGGAGAAGGAGAGGAAGAAACCUUACAAGCUCAUCUCACAGGAUAGCGAUUUUGAAAAUGACAAACGUGCUCACAGUGAAUCCAACAUGUAGUUUAACCCUCAGCACCAGCUACAUCUGUUAACACACACAAUCACUUACAGCUGCUGUGGGGAGUUUUUGUGAAACUUUAUUGUCAAUUAUUAUUAGCAUUAUUUCACACACUUUGAAUGUGUUAACAUUCCUUUAUUGUCAUGUCCCAGAAAGUGAUGAGUUUCUUACAUUCCUCUUCAAAUUUACAAAGAUCUCACGCUUUAAUAUAUGCAUCUGUUAUUUGUUUCA